AUGGAGGAGUUGAAGAAAGUGAUACCUGAACCCAUCGAAUUGGAUGAGAUAAAACCACCUAAGAAAUCUUGGAUAGUCAACAUCUUAAAGAGAGUUCAGAAAUAUAGCUCAUAUACGUUUUUAGGGUUCUAUUCCAUUCAUUCAAUGUCUGUGGUAAUAUCACCAAGUUUCCUCCCCAUGUCAUUAAAUGGAGAGAUCUUUGAAAUCUCCAGAGCGAUUUAUUCUUCCAUAGAACCCAUUAUAUUUGGAUCAGUAGCUGCACAUAUCUUGAGUGGGAUGGCGUUGAGGUUCUUAAAACCUAGAAAAAGAACAAAGAAGGUUUAUGAGAAUUCUGAGGAAACUGGUUUGGGUGGUAUAACCAGCUUAGUAGGACUUGGAGUUAGAAAAUCAUGGAUAUCCAAAAUCACAAACAAUUAUUUAACACCCCUCAGCUUUAGUGGGUACAGUUUGAUCCCGUUACUUGCAAUCCAUUUCUUCAAAUUCAAAGUUGCCCCCACAGAAAUCGAUGGUGAUAGCACCCUUGUCAGUUUAUCAUACAUUUCCACCGUACUUAACCAUUCUUUGGUAAAGUUCGGUCCAUAUUUGAAUUUUGUCUUGUUACUGGCCCUUGUGUAUAAUUCGUCGUACCAUAUAAUGUCAGGAAUGCUCAAAUUCAAUGGAUACUAUUCAAAGAAGUCUAAGAAAAUAGGGUAUGGGAUAAUAUCAGGAUUUACCUUAAUGGGGAUUAUUAGUUUGAUACGAUUCAAGUACUGGAAAUUUGAUGAUGCUUACUUAUUAGGCAAGUAUUUGAAAUACAUUGAAUGGUCAAGAUUAUAG